UGUGAGGGAGUAGAGAGGAAGUGGUUGCUCAAAGUUGCCAAAACUUUCCUCUCUCAUAACUGACAUUUGGCAGCAUGGCAGGCGGGUCUGUGUCGGAGUGUAAGGAGUAUUUGUUUAAAGUUUUGGUAAUCGGGGAAACUUGGUGUGGGAAGACGAGCAUCAUCAAUCGAUACGUGCACCAACUCUUUUCGCAACACUACAGAGCGACCAUAGGAGUGGAUUUUGCGCUAAAGUCCUCAACUGGGACAGUAAAAACACUAGUGCGGCUACAGCUAUGGGACAUCGCAGGUCAAGAACGGUUUGGGAACAUGACCAGAGUUUACUAUAAGGAGGCAGUGGGUGCGUUUGUUGUUUUCGACAUUACUCGAGGCUCUACAUUUGAGGCGGUUUCAAAAUGGAAGCACGAUUUGGACAGCAAGGUGAAACUGGCCAAUGGCAAUCCCAUUUCUGUCCUUCUCGCCAAUAAAUGUGACCAGAAGAAAGAUGGAUCCAACAGUUCCUCACUUAUGGACAACUUCUGCAAGGAGGCUGGCUUUUUGGGAUGGUUUGAAACAUCAGCUAAGGAGAACAUCAACGUUGAUGAGGCUGCCCGGUUCCUGGUGGAGAACAUCCUUCUUAAUGAUAAAGGUCUUCCAUGUGAAGAGAACAAUGGUGACAAGAUUAAACUGCACCAACCAACAGUGCCUGCUGAGAGCAAGUCAGGUUGUUGCUAGUGUGGACGCUCUUGUGUGUCCCAUCAUCUGAUGUGGAAAGAAGGCCAGGGACCGAGCUCAAGAAAUUCCCCAAUUCCACCUCAUCCCAAACCCCUGCCACGGAUCACAGCAUAACCAGGGGUCAACAGUUUGUGCUCUAAAAGGGGAGAUGGUCCUCAAUGCAGAACACAAGAUCCAGGGAGCGUGGUUGGAUCCAGAUCCAACUCCUCCCACCUUACAUAUACCUAAGCCUACCCGUCUCCACCCCCUGAUCCCUAAACCCACCCUUCUCCACCCCUAAACCUACCCAUCUCCACCCCUUAACCUACCAAUCUCCACCCUCUAGAUGGGGAACCAACCACGCCUCCUGGAUCUUGUGUUCUGCAGUGAAGGGCUACUGGAAAAGGGGAGAAGACAUCACUGCCAAAGGACAGAUGAUCAGAUGAAAACAUCUUUCUGAUGCUUUAAAUUACCAGUUUUUCUCUCUCACUCUUGUUCUGCGCCAUGUUUGUCUUUUUAAUAGCGUCAAGCAAGUUACUUCAGUGUGUGCUUGUUGUAAUAUUGCUUAAAACGAAUGAAACUAAAUGGGUGUCAUAGGACCAGGCAAAUACCAGUAAAAGUUCUUAGCCGAAAUUAAAUCAAAUGAAUGCCUUUGUCACAGAGGGUGAGCUGUUUUAAUGAAUUCUGGACUAUUUGCAUCUGCUGCUGGGAAUUGCCACCCUAAAUUUUUGCAGGAAAAGUUCUCAAAAUGUCACUUUAUGGCAAAAAAGUACAUAUUCCCAGGGCAUUUAGUCUGUUGUGAAGAUCAAACCAUCACUCUUGAAACUCUGACCACAAAAUAAUUUGAUCAAGAAAAUUAAUUGUCCUCUGUAAGAAUCAUGGGCCUAAGCACGAAUAUUUGUGGUUCAGAGAGUAAGAUCAUGGUGGCUUUCCUCAGGCUUGUACAUGUUAAUGUUAAAAUAUGUUUAUUAAUUGUUUUUUAAUUGGUACUCAGUGAGAGAUCUGAGCAUUUGCUCUGUCCAUGGCUUUAUUUUAGAAUUACCUGAAGGCAAAUAUACAUUUUAAUAUGCUGGAACAAGUUUGUCAAGUUUGUAAACAAAUGUUUGUUGAAGUAACAAUGACAGAAUAAAGCUUUUUAAACGGUU